AUGAGUGGCCCUGAUAAGCGAGCCACGCCGAAAUCAGGCAAGCAUAUGAAGGGCUCGCGUGGCGAGGUCGCUGAAGGCGCUGUCAGCAUGCCCAAGAAUGCCGCGCAUGCAGUACCGCAAGGCAUCAACUUCGGCACGGUCGAUGACCAGCAUGCUGUCAUGUCGUCUUCACCUGCUGCGCAACCCACGGCAGGCGAACAUCUGCGUGGCGGACAUCCGACCGUGUUCGGCAGCGUAUCGGCAGAAAGUGGCGCUGCACAUGAAAAGAAAAUUGGCUUUGCUGGCGGAAAGAAACACAUGGAUUUCCAGAAGUUGUUCCAAGGCUCUUCGCAAAGCUCCAAAAAGACACCAACUGCAGCGCCACAGCACAGCUCGCCACCUGCGAAUGCUGCCGCUCCUCCGGCGCAAAAGUCAUCAGUACGUCCACCACCGCCACCGCAUGCCAAGCCAUCUCAGCAGCCAGCGAUGAGCGGCGCCAAUCCACCUCCAUUCGUAUCGCCCUGGCAACAACCGCCUGUGUAUCCACAAGUGGGCUAUCCUAUGAGUCCCGGCCCGGGUGGAUAUCCAUACAUGGCGCAGCCUCAGCAGCCAUGGGGUCAGGCAGCCGCCGCAGUUGCUGCGGGCGGUGCAGGUCCCGGCUCGCCAUCGAUGAUGCCUCCGAAUGUGUCGCCCAGGCCCGGCACCAUGCAAAUGUCGCGCCCCGAUGGUGCUGCUGGCUUCUAUGCGCCGACACCCUUGCCCCAAGCGCCAACGGCGUCGGGCGCCUCUGCUUUUGGUAUGAAUGCAGGCGCCCGCAUGUUUGAGCCACAAAAGAGCAAGGCUCUCCGCAUCGUGAACCCAGAAACGCAUACGGAAAUUGAUCUUGCACAGCUCAAAAAGGCAUCGGCUGAGUCAAAGAGUUCCGCAUCUGCAGCGUCGAAUAGCUCAUCGUCAGCUCAUUCGUCGCAAACAAACACCUCCAAGGCGGCGGGCUCGAACAUUUCGAAUGAGAGCCGCGUAAAGACACAAAAUGAUUUCCAACAGAAGGUUUUGCGCCUCAAGAUGGAGAAGGAAGCCGAGGCUCGCAAAGCCGAGGAGGCAAAGAAGGCGCAAGAAGAGGAAGAAGCUCGCAAGGCCGAGGAGGCACGUAAGGCAGAGAAAGAGGAGGCGGAACGCAAGGCAGAAGAGGCACGUAAGGCAGAAGAGGCUGCACGUCAGGCCGAAGAGCAGGCGAAGAAAGCCGAGGAAGAGGCACGUAAGGCUGAGGAGGAAGCACGUAAGGCUGAAGAGGCCAAACGUGCUGAAGAGGCUGCCGCGGCCGAGGCGAAAGCGGCCGACGAAGCCAAGAUGGCCGAAGUCAAGGCGGCUGAAGCCAAAGCAGCGGAGGCCAAAGCCGCUGACGCUAAAGCGGCCGAGCCAAAAGAACCUUCAACGGCUGCACUGGAGGCUGGCAGUGAUAAGCCACAACACAGUACCGAUGCAGCUGCAUCUGCUACGCCUGCUGUCACCGCUGCAACUAGUACCGCCUCUGAGCCAUCCGAGUCUGAGACGGGUGCCAAGGCGUCAGACGACGCGAGCCACAAAUCAGCGCAGUCAGAGACGCACGAGCACACACAGCCGUCGUCUUCGGAACCGAGUCGAGCUAUUGAGCACGCGCGAGCCAUCGAGGACCUGUCAUCUGUUCCGUACCCACCAGAUGUGCAUCCGCCCCAGGCCGAGCUGAACAAGGAAGCUGCCCCUGGAAAAUACCGCUAUGACCGUGACUUUUUGCUUCAGUUCAUGAGCGUCUAUUCAGAAAAGCCGUUCAAUCUCCCGGAUCUCGCCUCCAUUGGCAUGGAGAGCGUGGCUGGCCGCGGCGGCGGACGACGUGGCACGGGCGGCGGCCGCGGCGGUCUUGGCGGUGGCAGUGGCAGCGGAGGCCGCGGCGGCGCUGGCAAGGCUGGCGACGACCGGUUCGGGCCGUCAGCCCGCGGCGGUGGCGCGUUCGGAUCCAGUGGGCCCAUGGGUGCGUUCCAAUCAGGCUCGCGUGGACAUGCUUUGUCGCGUGGCGGCAGCGGUGGACCCAUUCCAUCACGCGAGACGAUGGGCACAGGCAUUCCUAUGGGCGGCCGGCCGAAGGCCACCCGCGGCCGCCAGCGCGAAGGACGUCCUCGCGAGAAUCCCCCCGAGAAGGGCGGACCGACCAUCCCACUGGACCAGGUUGCGCCGCUUGCCUUCUCCGAAAACCGCUGGAGACCACAAGGCCGUGAGAAGGACAAGAUGGAUCAUAGUCAAGUGGUCGAACGCAAGGUCAAGUCGCUGCUGAACAAGCUUACGAUCGAGAAGUUUGAUUCCAUCAGUGACCAGAUCGUCGCUUACGCGAAUGAGUCGACGAACGAGACUGACGGUCGUACGCUGCGUCAAGUCAUUGCGCUUGUAUUUGAAAAGGCGAUUGACGAGUCGGCCUGGAGCGAAAUGUACGCGCAGUUGUGCGCCAAGAUCCAGAUGAACCUGAACCCGGACAUCCGCGACGACGUGCUGGACGAGAAGGAGCAGAAGGAAUACCGCGGCGGCAUGCUGUUCCGCAAGUACUUGCUCACGUGGUGCCAGGGCGACUUUGAGAAGGGCUGGGCCGCUGCAAAAGAGGAUCGAUCGGAAAAAGAGCUGGAGCUCAUGUCCGACGAAUACUACGAGGCACAAAAGGCAAAGCGACGUGGCCUGGGUCUUGUGCAGUUUGUCGGUGAGUUGUUCAAGCUCCAGAUGCUGCAGCCACGGAUCAUGCACACGUGCAUUGUGCGCUUGUUGCGCACGACGACGGAGCCUGAAGAAGACGAAAUCGAGAGCGUUUGCCGUCUUCUGACGACGGUCGGUUAUCUGCUCGAUGCCGCGCCCGGUAACCACAAGAGCCGCAUGGAUGUGUACUUCAAGCGGAUCGACGAUAUCCUCAAGAGUCCGGCGCUCUCUUCACGCAUGCGCUUUAUGCUCAUGGACGUCGUCGACUUGCGAAACGACAACUGGGUGCCGCGUCACGACCAGUCAGCACCAAAAACCAUUGCCGAGAUCCACGCUGAAGCUGCAAAGCAACAGCAGCAAAAAGAGUCGGAGAAGUUCACUCGACACGACUUUGGCUCCCUAUCGCGGGGCGGCCCUGGCGGCAGCGGCUCUCGUCGUGGCCCGCCGCGUGGACACGCGCUUGGUAGCGGUCCUGAUGCAGCAGCGUCAGGCCCAGGUGCCACGUCGCAUGAUGGCUGGAGCACCGUCGGCAAUGCACCGCCGUCACGCAUGGGCCGUGCUGGUGAUCUCUCUGGAUUCGGCAAGGGUCUUGAGCGCUCGGCCAGUGGCAAGCUGGGCGGUGGCCCACAGAGCGUCUUCAACCGCCGGAACCAAAAGGAUGACGAGCGUAGCAUGUCGCCCACGCCCAAUAUGUUCAAUGUGUUGACGGGCGACAGUGCAGGCGGCACAUCUGGUGGCGGUAGCGGCACCGGCAGCGGCAGCAGCGCUGGUGAGGAAGGCCAACGGAAGAAGCUGCAGCUGCAGCCACGGACCAAGCCGCUUGAUGACGAGUCUUCGGCAUCGGCAGAGGAGGCAGGUGCUUCUGAGCCCUCGGACGACGACAUCAAGCGCAAGAUUAGCAAUGACGUCAAGGAGUACUUGGCCAUCCGCGAUCUCAGCGAGGGUGUGCAGUCCAUUGAGCUCCUUCCAUCUAAACACCGUGCAGCGUUCGUGGACGCCCUUGUCACGACCGUGCUGGACAAGAAGCAGGAAAACGUCGACGAUGCAUGCAAGCUGCUUCAUGCACUUGCUGAGCGCUCUUUGAUCGAUGAAUCUAUGCUUGUGGAUGGCUUCAAGCCACAAGUAACGAUCCUCGAUGACACCAGUAUGGACGCGCCCAGCGCAUAUGGCUUCAUGGCCCAGCUGCUGGUCAAGUCGACGUUGUCGCGUGAAAAGAUCGAGGCUUUGGCAGACGGCAUGGAAGGCGAGGGUCUCAAGCCGCCGAAAGAUCGUCUGCUGGCCAAGGUCGACGAUGUAGACGGAGCCGCAUAG